GGCGACGGGUUCUUCAGCUCGCGCGGGCGCGGGCGGCGGGCUGGGAGAUGGAUGUCGGCGCGGCGGUGGUGUUGUUGGUUCGCCCGUGGCGCCAUGCUGCGCGGUGCAGGCCUUUGGCCCACUGUGCUCGCAGGCGGCGAGACAGUUGCCAUCAUCGGCAGCAUCGGGUCGGACCAGCAGCUGCUCUCCGAGGAUACCGUGACCAGUCUGGUGGUCGACAUUGCCGACGAAGACGGCACUGCAGAGGUCAUCGACUUGCCAGGCAGCGGCGGUAUUCUCAAGUACCGGGGAGGAGUCGUGGCUUCGAACGGCGCCAUCUACGCGUGCCCUCUGCACGCAUCAGCGGUGCUAAAGGUCGACCCUGCCAGUGACGUCGUUUCCGUCUUCGGAGACGUGGGCACCGGCUCCUUCAAGUGGGGGCACGGCGUCCUCGCCGCCAACGACCACGUCUAUUGCAUCCCAGACUCCGCAUCCGCGGUGCUGGAGAUCGACACGGCGGAAGACACCGUCUCCUUCUUGGGCUCCGGGGACAUCGGCAGCGGCAGCUACAAGUGGAAGCACGCCGUCGUGGCCGCGAACGGUGCGAUCUACGGCAUCCCGUUCUACGCCAGCGCGGUGCUCAAAGUCGACCCGCUCCGCGGCAUGGUGACCCAGAUCUCGGCGCCGAGCUCCGCGGCGGGCCCGGGGGCCGGCCCCUCGAAGUGGCAGCACGGGGUGCUUGCGUCCACGGGGGUGAUCUACGGCAUCCCCUGCAGUGCGGGCUCGGUGCUCAGGAUCGACCCAGCAAGCGACUCCGUGAGCACUCUCGGCGACGUGAGCAGUGAGGGGACCAGCUGCAAGUGGGCUCACGGCGUGGAGGUGCGGAACGGAGCCAUCUAUGCGGCGCCGUACAGCGCCUCCAGCGUGCUCAGGAUCGACACGAACACAGAAGUUGUUAGCUUGCUCGACUCUUUUACGAACACGGGCUUCUACCAGUGGCAUUUCAGCAUCGUCAGUUCAGCUGGCAUUAUCUAUGCUCUGCCAGACAAGGCGGAGUCGAUCUUGCGGAUAGCGACCGCUGAAGACGGCAGUGUGGACAGCGUGUCCACGAUGGGUUCUUUCGCAGGGUCUCACUACAAAUAUCGCGCCGGAGCCGUGGUGGAAGGCGGUGCCAUCUACGGCAUCCCGUACCAAGCGGGGCCAACGGUUGCGAACAGCAUCAUUUCACGGCGCAUUCGGGGUCAGGAGGCCCACUUCGAGCGAGAGCGCGCCACAAUCCCUGCACAUCCCAUGGCACUAUCCAAUCACGUGCGCAUGGCACGGCGGCGGAUCUACGCGUUGCCCUCGAGCGCUGGCGGCGUCUUGAAAGUGGACCCCGCGGACUUGGACGCGCCACCCGGCGGCUGGGAAGAGCCGGCGUUGAAUGCCGUCUCUGCGGGCGUCGGAGGCGCUGCGGCCGCCCUCAUCGUGGCGUCCAGCGCUGCCUGCGGCUCGGCCCUGGUCCUCCGCAAGAGGUGGGAGGGCAAGCGCCGCAGGCGACUCGCGGGAGCAGGCGCCCAGCAAGAGGCUGCGACGCCCACUGUGGAGCACGGUGCGCGGCAAGCGGCUGCGGCGCGCACCGAGCGCGGCGCGGCGCAGCCCGGGCGGCCCGGCAGCAGCUCCGCCGGCGGCCCCUCCGCGCCCGGCCCCGCCGCGGGCCACCCCGGGGGCCCCGCGCCGCCCGGCGCGGGCCACGCGGGCAGGCGCAGCAGCGCCGCGGGCGCCCGCGGGGCCGGGCCCCUCGCUGCGGGGGGCGGGGCGGCGGAGCCCCUGCGCUCCAG